AUGGACGCGACUAUACAUCCCGGCCCUCGGACGUUGGAUCUAUUAGCCCUACAGCCCCAGCAUAGAUCCGAGUAUAUAUGGGAUGGACAGUUGCUUACGCAGACUUUCCGGGCCAGGAGAGUGGAUCUAUUGUGGGACUUUUUGAGUCAUAGAGUUCUACAUCCCCGCGUGGUCCAUUACCUGGAGGAGAUGAGAUUAUAUAGGAUUAUUAGGAUUGGCCGGAUACAGCUCGACUGGGCUUUGAUCACGGCCUUGAUUAAGCGGCCGGAGGACGAGACUGUAGCGUCUGGGUCCAGUCGUAUGCAGUUGGUCCCCAUUAGAGAGCACCUGGAGCAGAUCCACCAUACUAUCACCGACGAGUCAGCCGAGGUGGAUGUACAGCGAUAUACGAGGCUGAUGUUGCUCCUUCUACUUGGGGUGGUCUUGUUCCCGAACACUUCGGGGAACCUAGUGAGCCUCCGUUUUCUGCAUCAUAUUGACCGGUUCGAGGAUACAGCCAUCUACAGCUGGGGUGGUGGUGUCAUCUCAUAUUUGUACAGGCAGAUGUGCCGGGCUUGCAUCGGCACACAGAGAGACGUUGGUGGCUUUCUGCCGCUUCUACAGUUUCAGCCACCUCUACCACAGCUACCGGCUAAUGUAGAAAUUCUGCAUCUCCCUCUAGCCUGUAGAUUCAUCAGGUCCAGUAUAUUCCUUGCCUCAAAGGCAGAUGCAGACUUAUAUAAUCUGGUUGAUCUUGCUUCCACAUAUGUCAAGAUGGUUGGUGGUACUAAUACAAGUGCUCAUUCAAUGGACAUGCUUUGA